GCUUUACCAAUGAUUUAUGAUGCAAGGAUACUUGAGUUUGUCUGAGUGGUUGCUUUAAGGACGAUAUAAGUUUUGCUUAUAUUUUUAAUCAUUUUCAUUAUGUAUAUUUUUCCUGUAUUUGCUAACUAUGUAAAUUGAACCAUAAUAAGUAGAACUCGGAAGCAGUUGUGCAAGUAGUCCAUUAUAUCCGUUUACAUAAAAUAAUGUAAAUGUUACAUGCAAAACUGGUCAUCUAAAUCAAUGAAUAACUUUCAUUUACGCAUCACUGAAGUUUGUUUUGUUUUAUUUUUAUUAUCAUUAGAUUAAGGGCACUGCUGAAAUGCACAGCAUUUGUCAUAUUUUUGUACAAACUGCGUUUUGUCCAGCGCGCAGUUUUGAGCGACUUGAAUGACCUGAUGAGAAAUCAGCAAGAUAUGCGAUAGCAGAAUUUACCGUCAGUGAUCCGUACGGAAGCAAAUAACGUGAAUGUACGUGUAUGAGUGAAUCAAAUGGACAAAGACAACCUCUCUGUGGUCGUGCACUCUAAAGGAGAUCUCAGACUGGAACAGCGUCCCAUUCCGGAACCAGGACCAAAUGAGGUGUUACUUCAGAUGCAUUCUGUGGGCAUCUGUGGAUCAGAUGUGCACAUGUGGCAGAACGGCCGCAUUGGGGACUUUGUGCUGAAACAGCCCAUGGUUUUGGGACAUGAAGCCUCUGGUCGUGUGGUGAAAGUGGGCUCUGCUGUGACGCACCUCAAAGCAGGGGACAGAGUUGCCGUUGAGCCUGGAGUUCCUCGUGAAGUAGAUGAGUUCUUUAAAUCUGGACACUACAAUCUGUCUCCCAGCGUUUUCUUCUGUUCCUGCCCUCCAGACGAUGGAACCCUCUGCAGAUACUACAAACACAAUGCAAACUUCUGCUACAAGCUUCCUGAUAACUUAACCUAUGAGGAGGGAGCCCUGAUCGAACCCUUGUCAGUGGGCAUUCAUGCUUGCAGGAGGGCAGGAGUCACUCUUGGAAGCUCAGUGUUUGUCUGCGGUGCAGGACCAAUUGGGCUGGUGUCUUUGUUGGCGACCAAAGCCAUGGGUGCUUCACAAGUAAUAAUAAGCGAUCUAUACUCUGAUCGGCUUGCCAAGGCUAAAGAGAUGGGGGCAGACUUCCUGCUGCAUGUGAAGAAAGAGGAUGAACCAAAGGAGAUGGCCAAAAAAGUGGAGGGAAUGCUUGGUUGCAUGCCUCAAAUCAGCAUAGAAUGCACUGGAGUGCAGAGCAGCAUUCAAACAGCCAUCUAUGCUGCUCGUUCUGGAGGAGUGGUGGUGCCGGUUGGGUUUGGUGCCGAGAUGACCACCGUACCUCUUCUCAAUGCAGCUGUCAGAGAAGUUGACAUCAGAGGUGUAUUCCGCUACUGUAACACCUGGCCUGUGGCCAUUUCUAUGUUGGCGUCUAAGAAGGUGAACGUCAAGCCCCUGGUCACCCACCGUUUCCCGCUGGAGCAGGCUGUGGAGGCCUUUGAGAUGUCACGCCAAAGGCUUGGGGUUAAGGUCAUAUUAAAAUGUGACAAGAAUGACCAGAACCCAUGAGAUGUGUCUCAGAAAUACAGCAAUUCUGUUUACAAUGGAUGAAAUUUAGCAUCUUAGAAUUUUACAUGAUUAAAAUAUAGUCCAAAUUAAACCUUUUGUCUUAUAGAAUUAUUAACAGUAUUAAAAUGAAACACCUUUGAGUUUUUAAUAUUAUCCUCUAAUAAUAGCUGGUCAUGAUUAGAGUUUACUAAUGUUAAUCUUGUUUAUAAACAGCUAAUCUUUACAAAUGAUAUCUCAUACUUGAAGUAAAUUUAAGCACAGUAUAUAACGCUUUGAUUAUGUUUUAAUUAUGCUUAUUGUGUUUUUGUUUUGUGUUCCUUAUUUGAUCCUUCAAUGUUUAUGAAAAAGAUUGUAGUGUAUUUGAAUAAACUCUAGGGGGAGCAGUGAUCUUCAAAAUUGGAGAAUGAUUGUCGCUCUCACACUCAUAAUGAAUAGCCUCUGUCUUGCUAUAAAGCUUGGCAAUGUCCCUGUAAUCUCUCCUAAGAUCAGAUAAAGGAGUUUCAUUAUUGGGUGUGGUUUUUUUUCUUAUUCUUUCCAUGACUAUGUCAAUGUCUGAGAAAUGUGAGCUGGCUGAACUGAUUUCCAACUGCGAGACUCAAAUCUGUGCUCAUUAGGUCCAUAAUAUGCAGCAAGGGAGCUAUUUUAAAGUUUUGGAAGCUGGCCACUGUUAGAAGCGGUUGGCAUGGAUUUUGACUCAAGCUUCCAGGUUGUAUGACCCACUCAGGCUUCAAGCAAUUCUUUAGUUCUCAAAUAAAUCGCCAGGGAAUCAAAGGUAAAACAACAUGAAGGGCUUAUAUUACACUUUAUUGUUAUUUUGCCAUUGUGUCAUUUUAAGAUGCAUGCAGACAGGUAUUCAUGUUCAUGUAUUAUUAGCUGUUUCAUGUCUCUUUUUUUAUUACAAUUUUCAAAAGCUUUCUUACGCGGCGGUAAGGCUUUUGGUCACAGUGUCUUAUUUUCCCAAGGCCAAAGCCUCACAAAGAUACAAUGGGACUAACAGUGAUUCCUACAUGGACACAAGUACUAAACAAGGUAAACGUUUAUGUACAGACAUUCUAAUACUGCUUAAGGAAGUGGACGCACUAUUAACAACACUAUUACAUUCACCACUGACUCGAAUGAGUUGCAGCUGGGCAUACACAAAAAAGCACACGUAAAAAAUAAACUUUUGUGUUUGAAACGAACUUCAUUUACAGUAUGGCAAGAGAAUGUUUUGAUUAUUACAGCAUGGGAGAAGUCCAGAAAUUGUUUACAUAUAGCAUUUUACAAAAGAUUCGCUUGCUUGUAUGUAAAAACUACUCUCAAAAUUUGCUCAGUCUUUAAUGCCCACUAGAUGAUAUUUAUCCAUUAAUGAAGGCUGGCGAUGUAAAAAGAUUCUCCUUUGUUGAUAAAGUCCCUGCUGAUACUAGUCAGUCUUGCAAAGUUCACUGUACGAUGUGUCUGGAGUAUGUAUUAUAUGUAUGUACUUAUUGAGCAUAUUUAAAAAAAGAAAAAAAAAAAAGAGUCAUGCCACAUAAUUAUUUGCCACAUUUACUGCAGUAAGUCCAGUUAUUUAUAUGUAAGGGACAUAUACUGAUUCAGUGUGCAUUUGAUUUGAAUAAAUGUAAAAUUCAAUGAUAACUGGAUCAAGUAUAUUAUCCAAUAUAUUACGUUUAUAAAAAAAAAUGUCAUAAUAACAGAAACAAAUAUUCUGGAAUGGUUGCUUGAUGUUUUGGGCUUCUGUCUGGACUUCUCACUCUGGCUUUUCCAUUCCUUUCUGAUAUUGAUAUGACGAUUACAUAU